GUCAUAAUGAGUGAUACUUUGCUGAGCGAGAAUUAAUGACUGUAAAAGUUAUAUUUUUUUCCUAUUCAAUAGUAUCUAUGUACAAAUCAGAUGCAAAGCCUUUUACGACGAAGACGAUGCAUUUAAUGAAUAUUUAAGCAUGUAUCGAAACAGUAUCCUAUUCUAUUGAAUAGCAUUGUCUCUACUACAACAGCACUACUUAAGGUAGUUCGACCUCAUGUGGUGGAGUCUUAUUGUCGUCAAUGUUGUCUUUAGAAGCUACGCGGGCUCGAAAAGAUACGGAAAAUAGGAAGAAACGUUAAAGAAGAAACUUGUAACACCGUGUGGAGUGGGACGGAUAAGUUAUUUAAGAACUUAAUCAAUAGGUUCAAUGCGUAAGCAGCACUACAAGUCUCGUGGUCCUUUAACUGACAUCUUGGCCAUCAGUGGAUUAUUUCCCGAAGAAAACAGAAAUGAAGUUGAACAAGAUCUCGCCAAACAAAAAUAUGUCUACUGGAGAUUGAGAGAAAUUAAAGAAGAGUUGAAGGAUCCCAAAUUUCACCGAAUUUUGAAGCGUUUCUCAACUCUGUUUCGUACCCCUGAGAAUAUUAUUUUUCGAUGGUUCUUUUACUGCAAACUCACUAAAAGACGUCAGGUGGAACGAUUUCCUGGGCUUGCAAAACUUAACAAGAAUGAAAAACUAACAGAUGGUUUCGUUUCAAUCUACGAAAAUCGAUCCAUUACAAAAUAUAACAAAAAUGAACUUAUGGAAAAGAUUUCGGGAACUGAGAGUGACGACAGCAAGGACAGUUGUUUAUUCGAAAAACUCAUACGAGAUCUGAAACAUAUACAUUCGGAUGAAAUUCAAGUAAUCAAAGAUGAACUUAUAGCAGAACUCAUAGAUCUGAAACCGGCUUUGGAGGUUGAAUUACGCGCUAUCAAACCGCUUGAUAUCAGCAAAUUUAGAACAAAAAUACCUAUCCCUCAAUUACCCGUUGAAGACAAACACAUUUCAACCCAGCCAUAUACCUUCGGUUUCUUCUGGAAUAAAAGCCGUUUCCAUACACCGCUUCCAUUCCACACUAGGAAGUUAGAGCCAAUUGACAUUGAUCUUUUAGGGUAAAGGAAUUGAUAAUUUAAACAGUACAAUGCUUUAUGCUUAUUUUUCGAGAAUCUGGUUCAUAUGAAACAGUAAGACUUUGGAAACAUUCAGAGAUACGAAAUCAACAGAAUUUUCAGCCCAUGUAUCAGUGACGUCUAGAAACAGUUUAAUAUAUUGAAGAAAUAUUAGAGGAUGAAGAAGAGCAUAAAGCAGACAGCAGAGAUGACAAUGAAACUAAUAACUAUAACUGCAACAAACUGA